CAGGGGUGAGCAUCCUCAGAGGGCACAGCUCCUAUGCAUACGUGACGUCAGGGAUGCCUAGGCCCUGGUCUCCACUUCUGGGCACCAGGAGCGCCACCAACGUUCACGCACACGCUCACCCCACAGGCCGCCGGGGAGAGCAACGGCCCCCACCAUGCGAUUCCGACGCCUAACCCCUGGCUACUUCCGGGUGCUACAGAUGCAGGUAGCCGGGGAGCUGAAGGCAGAGCCCCGGAGUCCACUGGCUGGGGUGGUGGCUGCACUGCUGGCUGUCCUUGGCCUGGGCGGUUCCUGCUAUGCUGUCUGGAAGAUGGUGGGGCAGCGGCGGCCACCACAGGCCCCAUGAGGAAGCAGGCAGCCUCUCAGCGAGGCACUGGGGUAGGUGACUCGGGGGGCUGCAUUUUGGGAGCUCUGGAGGGAAGC